AUGAGUUCUAAUGAACUAAUGAAUAAAUUACCAACUAUUAUUGGUAUAGUGACUUUAUUUGCAAUUCAUGGAUAUAGAAAGAAAUCAUUGAAUCAAUCAGGAACAAUAACAGCAUGGCUAACUGGUGUAUCAACUUGUAUAUUUGGAUCAACAUUUGCAACUUUAUUAUUAUCAUUUUAUUUUUCAUCUUCUUAUCUUACAAAAUAUAAAUCAUCAAUAAAGAAAACUAUAGAAGAUGGUCAUACAGCAGGUGGUCAAAGAAAUUAUAUACAAGUAUUAUCCAAUAGUUUACCUGGUACAAUUUUUGCUGCUAUCUUUUAUUUCUUUUCAAAAAGUUCAAAUACUUUAAUUAAUUUUAAUAAUGACUUCUUUUCAAGUUUUAUUAUAUGUUGUUUUAUAGGACAUUAUUCAUGUUGUAAUGGCGAUACAUGGGCAAGUGAAUUGGGUAUACUAAGCAAGGGUGAACCAAUUUUAAUAACAACUUUUAAAAAAGUACCAAAAGGUACAAAUGGUGGACUUAGUCCUUUAGGUAUUGGUGCGAGUAUUGCAGGUGGUUUUUUCAUUGGUUUAAUGUUUUAUAUAUCAAGUUACUUUUUCAAUUUACCAUUCUAUCAUCAACAACAACAAAUAAUAUCAAUAUUGUUAUUAUCAACUAUCUCUGGUUUAUUAGGAUCAUUAAUUGAUUCAUUAAUGGGUUCAACAUUACAACUCUCAUUGUUUUCAAUCGAUAGAAAAGUGGUUAUAAAUAAUGUUGAUAAAUUAUUACCAAAUGAAAAAACCAAACAUAUCAGUGGCGCAAAUAUUUUAGAUAAUCAUCAAGUCAAUUUCUUAUCUUGUCUUUGUACAAGUAUUUUAUCAGGUUUCAUUGGUUAUUUCAUUUUUAACUAA